GGAGUGAGUGAAUAUAAGAGAAACUUCAGAUGGAAAACCCCAGAGUUGUGUAGCACGGCCCAGCAGCAGAAACCCUUGUGGGCAGGACUUCGGUCGGAUCAGUUCGGAAUCACAAGAGAACCAAACUUCAUUUCCAAGAGAAGGGUACCUUACCAUAAUCCACAGAUUUCAAAGUCCUUUGAAUGGCCAGGAGACUGUGAUUUGAAUGACCCACGUGAACCUGAAGCUCUUGGGACUGCAGAGUUGCACACAGACCAGAACAACAAUGAUGUGAAUCAGGAAAAAAACGAAAUGCCAGAAGGACCCAGACUUCCCCCAAAAGUUCGGUCAUAUUUGGUAGAUUCUGAGGGUGAAACAGCUCUUGCCCUUGCAGAAAACAACAUGAAGAGAUCACCCUCUGCUGCUCCAACAAAUCAAAAUGAAGCAUUUUCAUCUCCAAGAAAAGAACUAGAAAAAAUAGAUAAUGGGCUUCACAGAGUCCUUCAGAGGAAAGCAGGCAUGAAUAUUUCACGUUUAAAUACUUUCCCCAGAAAUUCUGAAUAUCGAAGCCAAUUUGUUUGGAAGAGUCCUCAUGAAAAGUCACCAAUACUUGCAGCUGAACAGGUUAUUCACAACAUAAAUAAAUCCAUACCUCCGUUCAAAUCUCCUGCAAUUACUUCUGAAACUGCAAAUGAGAGAAAUUUCAAAGGGUCUCCUCCUGCUGAGGGUCCACAAGAGAGAAGUGGUUUGGACGAGAGAGAAUUUCCUGUUUGCGAACAAAGUAAGAGGGAAGAACCGUUUCCAAAGCCAGCAGAAGAUGCAGCAAAACAAGGGAAAUCAGAACAGAAACAUCCUAAACAAAAAAAUAAGCAACAUAUCAGUCCAAAGCCCCUCUCUUUACAUACAAGUCGUGGGAAGAUGAACACUGAAUAUAGGUCAAAAUUUUUGUCUCCAGCCCAGUAUUUCUACAAAGAUGGAGUUUGGUCUCGUAUCAGGAGUAAAGUUCCCAACCAGGCAUCUCAAAACACCCUAAAUUCCAUGUGGUAUAUGGAGGUGAGAGAACUUCGAGAAAGAGCAAAGGCUUACAGGCAACGAGUAGAGGGAACACACUUUUCCCGAUACCAUCUCAAUCAGAUCCUCUCCGAUAAUAACAGCCUUUGGGAUGUGUCCUCAAAUUCCAGUUCAGAAGAAGGCAUCAGCAACAACAUCAGAGCACUAGAUCUUGCCGGAGUUUCUGAAAAAGAGACUGCACCAAGCCCCAAAAUGUUGGAGCAUCCUGACCCCAGGGAACAGCCACACCGGGACAGCUCUGAGAAGAAAGACAUGUCAGAUGCUUUAACUGUUCCAGUCAGAAGGCGUUUAGUUUGGGGUGAACAAGAAGGUACUGAAGAAAGGGAGAAUCUGCAAUCUACAGAAGAGGAAGAAAAACAAGAUGAACAGGCUGCAGUUGUGGCUCAGCAGUUAGAUGAAAACAAUAAAAAUGCCAAUGAAGAUAUGAAAAUUGAAGGUGAGAAUGCCUUAGCAUUGAAUGCUUCUGCAGCUGUGUCAGAUUCUUCUUCUGUAUCCUCGAGGACAGGUGGCAGGCUUCCUACUCCAAAGCUGAGGGCGCUUGGUGGAGCUCAGAGGACUCAUCAUGAUCUCACUACCCCAGCUGUUGGAGGUGCGGUUCUGGUGUCUCCUCCUAAAUUCAAGUCUUCAUCUUCACAGCAGAGAACACCAGGUUUAGGAACAGACCCUUCUUCAGCUAAGGAGGGUACAAGAGAAGCUUCAAAAAGAAGGUCUUUCCAGCCUAAUGUGGAAGUGGAAGCUGUUUCGCUCCUUACCUCUCCACCUGCUGGGCUGGGAACUCUGGAUCCUCUGCCACUUAGGCAGGAUCAGUGGCCUAACAGUGUUUCUGAUGAGAAAGUUCCUCUUGCUUCAGCCCAUCAAGAGCGUUCCCCUACACUUCCUGUGCUGAAGUCAGCCAAAAAUUGCUCUAUGCCUUGCUGGAGUCCCUCGCGUCGUAUUCAAGGGGCUCUCAAGGAUCCAGAAUUCCAGCAUAACGGGAAUUUUGGCAAUCCAAAAAUGAGAUCUUUCCAGUUACCUCUUCAGGAAAGAAACUAUAAUGAUGAAGAUGACAGGUUGUCUCAGAUUUCUGCUCGCUCUGCAGCAUCUAGCUCGCUAGCAUCUCAGAUACUGGAACGAGCUCAGAAGAGGAAAGAUUUCUGGGGCAAGACAUAA